AUGGAUGAUACCGACUUCGUUGGUCUGUCUGCUCGUCUGCGCCGACGCAUAGAUGAUGCAUUCGAUAGAGCUGCUGGAAACAUCCCAAAGUCAUCAAAGCCGCCUCGAAAGAAGCGUAAACUUGGCUCAGCUCAGUCUGGCGGAUUCGCCGCUGUAGAAGAUGUAUCACCAGGAGGAUUCUUGAUAGAGGACGCUGGAGGGUUUCUACUUGAUGGAUACGAAGACCACACUCCGUCUCCGUCUCCAGACCCUAUCUCCCUAUCACUUUCAUCUGUCCCAGCUGCACUUCAAUUUCUUGGACUCCCUUCAGAUGACGAAGAGGUUCUUUCUGUGUUUCGAAAUGCUGCGUCAGGCUGGGGAGCAAGCUUGGAGGGAUCGAGCGAAGUCAGCCGGAAGGACUGGCGAUCUGUGUGUGCUGCCCUUCUAGAGGGAGAAGACAGGGAAGGGAGUGACGAUGGCGGGCCUUCUGCUGCUCACUCCGAGAUGAUAGCACACAGUGACCAGGAGGACGAUAGUGGCCCGGACAGUGAUGAAUAUCGCAUGUCCGUCGAUGGGGACUCGAGUGAACCAGAAGCAUCUGACGAGGAAUAUCAAGAUGAUAAGCCUGCCGCUGUUUCCGGAUCGCGCAAACCCCAAAAGAUAUCCAAGUCAUUGCCUACCGACGCGAGGCCUGAUGCUAGUCAAUUGAGCGCGAAACAAAAGGCUGAAUGUCGGGAGGAGUUCGCAAGGUUCUUCCCUGAUGUGCCUGAUGCUGAGCUGGACCGUCAGAAAAUCAUGAUCAAGGACGUUACGCGCGUUGCUAAUCUACUUAAGGAGAAGAUAAAGGCUGAGGAAAUUAUUGCAAUGCUGGAGGCGUUCUCCACUUCACCAGAUAAAUCCAUGAAUCUUCAAGAUUUUGAAAGAAUGAUGGUAGCGACAAAACUCAUAAGGAACUACAAGUCAGAGUCUGUCUCUUCAAGUAGACGACUGGCCAACGCACAAUAUGUCCGGGGAAAUAUCCCAAGCUAUGCCGGUGAUCAGCCUGUGUCAUGA